GGCAGUAAUGCGCUUAGCAGCGUCUACACUGCCGGCAAGAAGAAGUAACCAACACAAUCGCUUGGCGUGCAUGCACGAAGUAUUUGGAAAACGUAGCCAUUGUAGUCGAAGCACAAUUUAUUGUUGCAUUUGUAAUUAAGCAAAAAUGUCUUCAGUUGAGUAUUUGAAAGAGUUUGUCAACGAGCGACUAACUGCUGCAGCUGAAGAAAUAUUCAGAGUUUUUGGGAAAACUAUCGUCCUCCAGUACGAGGAAGAGAUCGAGCGUCUGCGGAGGCUGCUGGAUACCGAUUCGAAAACCGACAAAAGGUUACAAUGGGCAGAGAUCCCACAGCAACAUGUCUGUAAGGAAGAGGAGGUUCUCGUUGACCAGCAGCUCUGUGUUCAGGAGAGGAACUCCAGUCUGGACCAGGAGGACCCAGAGCCUCCACAGAUUAAAGAGGAACAGGAGGAACUCUGCAGCAGUCAGGAGGGAGAGCAGCUCGUACUGAAGCAGGAGACUGAUGUCUUUAUGUGGAUUCCUGCUUAUGAGGAAAGUGACCACAGUGAACCAGAACCAAACAGAGACCACCAGCUCCUCUCUCACAGCUCUCAUGUAGCUGAGAGACAAGAUCAGAAACCAGAACCAAACAGAGACCACCAGCUCCUCUCUCACAGCUCUCAUGUAGCUGAGAGUCAAGAUCAGGCAAGAGGCAAGAAUGAAGACUCAACUAGAGAUGCCAAACCAGAAUCAAAGAAAAGACAUCACAAAAGCAGCCGUCGCAGUAACAAUGUAUACAACUCUACCAGGUCAGAGAUUCGCCAUAAUCCUUACACAGGUGAAAAGGCUUUACAUUGUGAUAUAUGUGGAAGAGGUUGUAAGUCUAAGUCAAAUUUGCAGAGACACAUGAGAAGCCACACAGGUGAAAAGCCGUAUUCAUGCACAACAUGUGGGAAAGAUUUUAGAUAUGGCUGCAGCCUCAAAGCCCACAUGAUAUCCCACACAGACGAGAAGCCUUACCUUUGCAAGACCUGCGGGAAAAGAUUCCGUCAAUUAUCAACCUUGUCAAAUCAUAUGAGAAUCCACACAGGUGAGAUGCCAUAUUCAUGCAAAACAUGUGGGGAAAAAUUCAAAGUUAACAAUCAGUUGGAACAUCACAUGAGAGGAGCCCACACAGGUGAGAAGCCGUAUACUUGCACAACAUGUGGGAAAGCUUUCAGGCAAAGUGGUCAGUUGACAGUCCACAUGAAAAGAGUCCACAGUGGUGAGAAGAAGUGAAAAAUAGCAGUGGUACCCGACCGUCCCUCUCCAUUCAGUCUCUUAGUACUGAUUACAUAUGUUGCUAUAUAUGUUCAGAAAUUCUGUUAUACUAUACUUCUUUGAGAACAUUGUCAGGUACCAGAAAUUAAGAACAUGUGCUUGGUAUUUGGAGGAAAUAUACAGUAUCUCAGAGAAAAAGGACAUGAUGUUGAACUGUGUAGCAAUAAUUAUGAUCCAAAAGUAUGUUUUCACCUACUGAAUGAAAUACACUUUUACAAUAGCUACAUCUCUGUAGCUGUAUGUAUACAAUUUCCUAUUGAGAAGAGGUCACGAUAUAUUAGUAUAAAGAAGUUUAUAGUGAAAGGAGUUUGUUCUAACCUGUUUUUUCCCUUCAUCUUAAAUAUUACUCAAUUCUAACUGUCUGACUGUUUUUCUUUAAACAUAUUCUUUCUAAUAUUUUUUUAUUUUUAUUUACAAUUUUCAUACACUACCUCAUGCAUUAGUGGAUUGUAAUCUAUCUGACGUUGAAGUUGGGCUGGGCAGUUUGUUGUAAAAAUGUUAUUAGGAUUUACACUUUUAAUAUCACUCAAUAUUGAUAAUUAUCCCGAUAAAUGUCAAGUCAUUAUUCCUUUAAAGUUUCAAGAAGAUUUUUGAUCCCGAGUGAGGGUUGAAGAAACCAGAGAGUAAAUUGUGAUUUUAAACUAAUCUUUAUAUUCAGAACAUGAAAAACACUUGCCAAUCAGUGGAUCGCUUAACACAUUUGAGGUACAACAUUCAAAACAAUUAUGACAUUUCUUUCAACAAAUAUACAUGAGUAAGAUUAAGUAAAAUCAUUUUUCUCAACAAAAGAAAUAUGUUUUUAAUUAAGAGUGUAUUUGUUUUAAAUUCAAAUUAAUUAAAUCAAACAAUUAUUGAAUAUUUAUUGAACAUUUGUUAUAUUAUUAUUGAGGAAAAUUAUAUGGUGAUGAUUAUUAUUAUUUUGUUGCCCAGCCCUAUGCUUAAGCUGAGAAACCCUCUCACUAAUGGUGUUUUUUUUGUGUGUAUUUUGUAGUUUUAUCAACUUGAUAAAAUUGUUGUUUUUGGUUUUAGAGGUGACACACAAAUGCAAAUUGGAGAUGACUACACAGUUCUGUAAACAAAAUUAUAUUUUGUCAGUUAUUUAGACUGAUAUUCCCAAUUUGAUGUGUUGGAGGUUUAUGUAAACUACAAGCAAUAAAAACUCAAGUGCUGGUAGUGCAUACUAUAAUUAGUGCCUAAAGGAACAUCUGUAUUAUAUGUCAUUUUUAGAGUGUCUAGUUGUAACAUACAAGCGGUAUUUUAAUGUUGCAACUCACCAGUUGGAGGCUGUGUUUAAGUACGAUUUGAUACAGUUUGGUAGUUUGGUCAGUGGAGCUACCUGAUACUGAGUUAGAAUGUAACAACAUUUAUUCAAGGACUGUAUUUAUACACAACAAUGAUUGUCCUCAGAUGCCAAUAUUGCAUGUAAAUUCCACACAGAUAUGAAACCUUGAACAAAUAAAACAUUAAAUUUU